AUGUUACCUGCACCUCUAUGGUUGCCCAGGCGCGCUACCAAAGCAUGUACAAGCUGUCGCCAUGAUAAAAUACGGUGCGACGACUUGAGACCAUGCAGUGGAUGCCGAAAGAAGGGCUUCGUCGAAGCGCAGUGCAUCGACGGCUGUGAGCAGUGCCGACGCUCUCGGACACUCUGCCAGGGUGGCCUGCCUUGUGCUAGAUGCAAUAAACUGCGCCUUGAUUGCUCCGACGAUCCGAAGUUGGGCUUGACUAUGAUGGCUGAGCCUGCUGCUAAGGCGCCGUGCGACCGUGCGAAGACGGCAUGCCUGGCCUGUCGACGAGACAACAAAAAGUGUGAAGAUCAGCGGCCUUGCGCACGGUGUGUUGCAAGAAGCGAACCAUGCGUCCAUGUCAGCCGUGGACCGAAAAUGGUGAAAGUGCGAUGUCAGUCUUGCAGGGAGAUUAACAAGCGAUGUGAGGAUGCCCGGCCGUGUCAUUUUUGUUCUGACACGGGGAAAGAGUGCUUCGACUUGCCUCGAAAGGGCAAGGGCCAUGGAACCAGAGUCAAAGCGAUUUCAGCUGAUUUUUGCUGGUAUGUGGGUGAUGUAGCCGACCGUUCUGACAUGCUUGUGAUAGGAGGGACAAGGUCAGAUGCGACGGAGACCGGUACGCCAACCCAAUGCGGUUCGGCAAUAGCAACACUGAUAUCUAGUGCCGUAAUACAAGGCCGUGUCUGUCCUGCUAUCGCAAGGACUUCGUUUGUCGUGAUCGAUUCUUGGAAUCGAAGGAGAAUCAAUCGGGCUCAGACUGGGGUCCGAACCGCCCCGCCGAUUCAGAUGUUCACAGACACACGCUAUCUGAUAUUCUUUGCCCGGAGGACGACGGCAACAAGGAGGCACAGUCUGCUAGUACAACCCACACCCCUACAUCAUCGCCCGUGA